UCCACACCGUCACCGCCGCGCUGUAGCCAGGGAUUGCAGCCCCGGUGAGCGACGAGCCCGCUUUUGUAACGCAUUUCGGGGCGUCGCGGACUCGCCCCCCUCCCUCCGCCUCCCCCCGCCUAGGUGGAGCCUUCCGAUCGUGACGUCCGUUCAUUCAGAAGUCCCACCGCAAGAGGAUAAAAGGCGGAGGUGCCGCUCUCUUUACUCCAGAAGCAGAACUAGGCAGUGAGCGGAGCAGCAGACGGGCUUCGGGAAGUCGCCCCGCUCGCUCGCUUUCCGGCUCCGAGAGAGACGCUUCUUUCGGGAGAGAUCCUUCAAACGACACGCGUUUGUGUCAGUCCCGGGUGAUCCGAGAUGAUGUACCAGGGGUUCGCCGCCGACUACGACGCCGCUUCCUCCCGCUGCAGCAGCGCUUCUCCGGCGGGGGAUAGCCUCACCUACUACCCGUCCCCGGCGGACUCUUUCUCCAGCAUGGGAUCGCCUGUCAACGGGCAGGACUUCUGCGCCGACCUCUCCGCCUCCAGCGCCGGCUUCGUGCCCACGGUGACGGCCAUCUCCACCAGCCCCGACCUGCAAUGGAUGGUCCAGCCCACCCUCAUCUCCUCGGUGGCGCCUUCCCAGAACCGCAGCCACCCUUACGGCCUGCCCGCCCCACAGACGGGAGCCUUCGCCAGGACAGGGCUCGUCAAGACUGCCAACAGAGGGCCCAGCAUCGGGCGCAGGGGCAAAGUCGAGCAGCUGACGCCAGAAGAGGAAGAAAAGCGGCGAAUCCGGCGCGAGAGGAACAAGAUGGCAGCCGCUAAAUGCCGCAACCGAAGGCGGGAGCUGACGGACACCUUGCAAUCGGAGACCGACCUGCUGGAGGAGGAGAAGGCCUCCCUCCAGACCGAGAUCGCCAACCUGCUGAAGGAGAAGGAGAAGCUGGAGUUCAUCCUGGCCGCCCACCGCCCGGCCUGCAAGGUCCCCGAAGAGCUCCGCUUCCCCGAGGAGCUGGCUGUCCCCUCUGUGUCCGCGCUGGAGCUGCUGGCCGGGGGAGGGGGCCAGUGCCAAUCCGUGGCCUCUUCGCCCCAGGAAAUGGAGGAGGAGGAAGACGAGGAUGAUGAGGAGGAAGCCUUCGCUUUGCCGCUUUUGCCAGAGGCCCCCCGAGCCGAGCCCGCCAAGGAGAGCAGCAACAAUAGCAAUAGCAACAACAACAGCAGCCACUUGCUGGAGCUGAAGUCGGAGCCCUUCGACGACUUCUUCGCCCGCUCGUCCUCCUCGCGCUCGGUGCCGGACGUGGACCUGUCGGGCUCGUCGUCCUCCUUCUACGCGGCGGACUGGGAGCCCCUGGGGGCUGGGGCCCACGCGGCGGGGGUCGGGCCCACGCCGGAGAUGAUGCUGGAGCCGCUCUGCACGCCGGUGGUGGCCUGCACGCCCUGCGCCUCCUACUCCUCCUCCUUCAUCUUCACCUACCCCGAGGCCGAGCCCUUGCCCUUGCCCACCUGCGCCGCCGCCCACCGCAAGGGCAGCAGCAGCAACGAGCCCAACUCGUCCUCCGACUCGCUCAGCUCGCCCACCCUGCUGGCCUUGUGAGCCAGAGACAGAAAGAAAGGGAGAGAACCGUGCCCGGUGCUUCUCCUCCUCGCCCUCUGUCGAAGCCUCCUUCCCACUCCCACCCGCGGCCUGGGAAGCCAAGGAGAGUUUGGGCCCCCUUGGAGAGAGGGCCAGGGGCUCGCCAGGAGUGGGAGCCCCGACUUCUUCCGGAGAUGUAGCAAAAACCGCAUGGAAUAUACUGAUUAUUACACGUCUCGUCCUUCCUCAACCCCUGUCCUCCAUGAGAUCUCUUGUUGGUUUUUUUUUGGUAGCAUGUUCAACAUGGAGUAAAUAGCAUAGGCAUGGACAAACUUGGGCCCUCAAGGUGUUUUGGACUCCAACUCCCACCAUUCCUAACAGCCUCAGGCCCCUUCCUUUUCCCCCUCAGCCGCUUAAGCGGCUGAGGGGGAAAAGGAAAGGGCCUGAGGCUGUUAGGAAUGGUGGGAGUUGGAGUCCAAAACAUCAGGAGGGCCCAAGUUUGCCCGUGCCUAGAAUAGUCCGACCUGGUCUGUCUCUCACUGAAAAGCCAACACAGGUUUUUUUUUAAGGCUGAUGUGCUUUGGCUCCAUCGCGAGGCAACAGGGACCACCCAGGGCCCAUCCACGCUGACCCUUGAAUGCAGUUCACUUCCCACUGGUGCCCUUCAUGUGCAUCUCUGCUCUGUGGUUUGUCUCCUCACCCCCUGAGCCUCAUUCCUAUGUCAUCAUAUGAAUCCCGUGGGUGGCACAAUGGAUUAAACCCUUGUGCCAGCAGGACUGCUGACCGAAAGGUCGGCCAGUUAGAAUCCAGGGAGCGGAGUGAGCCGAUGCUCUAGCUCCCCAUACAGGGACAUGAAAGAAACCUACAAGGAUGGUAAAACAUCAAAACAUCUGGACAUCCCCUGGGCAACAGCCAAUUCUCACACACCAGAAGUGACUUGCAGUUUCUCAGUGGGUUAAACCUUUGUGCUGGCUGGACUGCUGACCGAAAGGUUGCCUGUUCGAAUCUGCGAGAUGGGGUGAGCUUCUAUCUGUUAGCUCUAGCUUGUGGGGACAUGAGAGAAGCCUCCCAGGUAACACAUCCAGGAAUCCCCCUGGGCAACGUUUCUGUAGAUGACCAAUUGUCUCACACCAGAAGCAACUUGCAGUAUGUUCUCAAGUCGCUUCUGACACAAUUAAAAACAGCCUUUCUUUCUCCAAGCUAAACAGGCCCAGCGCCCACAGCCAGUCCUCAUAGGGCUUGGCUUCCAGACCAUUGCUCAUUUGGGUGGCAAAUCUCUGAACAGCAAAACCACUUUCUUCAAUAUUGUUUUGAAACUGCAUUAAAUGGUCAAUGUAGGUGAGGGCCAUGUGACUCCCUCCCCUCUUCACUAGCAUUAACGAAUUAAUCUGUUGGUUUAAUGAUUGGAAUUAUUUUUAAUAUGGUGCUGGGUAUCCCUCACAACUUGUUAUCUAGUGCAGCUGAUUUAACAAUAACUACUGUGUUCCUGGCAAUAUCGUGUUUUUGAUGACUUAGCAAUGACCCGACUUUAACUGCGGGGGAAUAAAAAUAAAAGAGAGACUAUUUUUAUUUUCUAGUAGAUCAAUAAAUAGCUAUGUUGUCUAUGUACAAUAGUUCUCCUUGUAUAUCAACGUUCAUUGUAACUUUAACUGAUCAUACAUUGUUGAAGUGGUCCGAAUGGUUUUGACAUAAGUUUUCCAUGAAAACGUUUAUUGUGCUUUUAAUUUAUUUAUGGAUAUUUAUUUAUUUUGGUUUUUUUUCUACCUGGAGGUAUUGACAUGUGGAUAGUGAAUUUGGAUAAAAUUUAAGCAUUGUUCGCUUACUGUUCAAGACACUGUCAAUAAAAGCAUUUUAAGUUGAAUGCUACAAA